CACAACCGAAAAAACGACUGUGGAACGUUGGCGAAUGAGCACCACCUCGCUUGACGAUGGCAACGAGCGGCACUACCGCCAGAGGCUGGAGGACCUGCAGUUCACAAGGGACCAGGAGCGGGAACUUGCGAUGGCCGACGAAGGUGACACCUAUGCGGAGCCAUACGACGAAGAGCUCGAGUGCGGCCUCCACGUGCCGCAUCGUGUGUGGACGGGCUUGUUUCCACAUCAAAAGGAAGGGUUGGCGUGGCUGUACAGUCUGCACAAGCAAAACGCAGGUGGUAUACUGGGCGACGACAUGGGUCUAGGCAAAACCAUCCAAAUAUGCGCGUUCCUGGCGAGCCUCAUGUCGAUGAAGGUCCUUCAUUCGGUCCUGCUGGCAUGUCCUGCGUCGGUGCUCUGGCAUUGGGUCCGAGAGAUGCACAAGUGGUGCCCUGAGAUGCGCGUGGUGCUGCUGCACUCGUCUGGCACGGCCACCUGCACGUACGGCACGUCCAUCAAGAACGUGUACGCCAAGGGCGGCAUGAUCGUGACCACGUACGAGAACCUGCGAAGCAACGCCGAGUUUUUGAUUCCCAAGGAAUGGGAUUACGUCAUCUUGGACGAAGGCCACAAGAUUCGCAACCCCGACGCCGAAAUCACGUUGGUCACCAAACAACUGCGCACGGUCCAUCGCAUCAUCCUCACGGGAUCGCCCAUUCAAAACCGAUUAAAAGAGCUGUGGAGUUUGUUUGACUUUGUCUUUCCAGGCAAACUCGGCACGUUUCCAACGUUUGAGGACGAGUUUGUGCUGCCGAUUCGGCAUGGCGGGUACGCGAAUGCGUCAAAGAUGCAAAUUCUCAUGGCGUACAAGUGCGCGAUGGUGCUUCGCGACAUCAUGGCCCCGUACAUGCUUCGUCGCAUGAAGAAAGACGUGCAGAUCGCCACGGAUUUGCCGCACAAGAUCGAGCAAGUGAUCUUUUGCAGCCUCUCCAGUGCGCAGCGGUCAGCGUACAAACUGUUUCUGUGUUCAUCCGAAGUGCGGUCCGUCCUGGCGCGGGAGGUCAAGCCAUUCCGGGCACUCACGAUGCUACGCCACAUUUGCAACCACCCCGAUUUGGUGAGCAAUGCGGCCGAACAUGUCACGAAACCCCAUCACAUUUCAAUCGACAACUUGGACGACGAUUAUGGCGCAAUCGACCAGAGCGGCAAGCUUCAAGUGCUAGACACAAUCCUCCGGGUGUGGAAAGGUCAGAACCACCGCGUGCUGAUCUUUGCCCAGCAUCGGCGCACCGUCGACAUAUUGGCCAAGAUGAUGCGGCAAUUGCAGUACAUGUAUUGCCGGCUGGAUGGCACGACGGCGGUGCGGGAGCGGCAGGCGCUUAUCGAUGCAUUCAAUGCGCCCGACAGUUGCUUGUUUGUGUUCCUGCUCACGACUCGCGCAGGCGGUAUCGGCGUCAACUUGACCGGAGCGGACCGCGUGGUGAUUUUUGAUCCGGACUGGAACCCGAGCACCGACAUGCAGGCGCGGGAGCGGGCAUGGCGCCUCGGGCAGACCAAACCCGUGACCAUCUACCGGUUGAUCACCUCCGGCACGAUCGAGGAAAAGAUCUACCACCGGCAGCUGUUCAAGCAGUACUUGAUGAACAAGGUGCUGCGGGACCCCAAGCAGAAGCGAUGCUUUAACCACAACACGCUCGCGGAUUUGUUUGUGCUUACCGACGCAGCCGACUUGGCCAAGGACGAGCAUGGCCACGCCAUGCAAACCACGGGCACCGAAACCGGCGACUUGUACCUACACGGGCAUGUGGACGUGGCAGCCGAGGUGGCGACGCUGCAGGCGCAACUGGGCGACGCGGCGCGGGUCGUUGUCCGGGCAUCGGAAGAGGCGAAGAAGCACAAGGUGACCGAUGGCGAGGCGGAUGAGGUCGAAGACGAGCAGGAUGGCAAGGACGAUGGCAAGGACGACAACACAGACAACACGGAGAUCCUCAAGGCGUUGAUGGAAGGCGGCGCGAUCAGCGGCGUAUUCAGCCAAGACAGCGUCGAAAGCGACGGCGUACACAACCAAGAAGCCGACUUGAUUCAAAUCGAGUCGACCAAGGUGGCGCAGCAUUCUCUCAGUACACUGCGGCAGUCAUGCAGCGCCAUCCGCCAGCAACGCUCGGACCAGUUUGAAGUCACAUGGACCGGGCGCAGCGGCAGCGCGGGCCUCCCGUCGACCCCCGCCAAACGCUUUGGAACUAAAAUCGCACACACGAUCAAGCGCAAAUCCGUCACGAAUGGCAGUUCUAAGGCAGGGAAUAGUGGCUUGGGCCAGCACCACCAAGAGGUGGCAGUUGAGAGUGAAAAGAUGCUCAAACGUAUGAAAAUGCGGCGACUGGCGGUCGACACGGGCGUCCAGUACUCUAGUAGUGCGAAAGCGUCAUCAGCAGUGGUUCAAUAUGGAUCCGUGGACGAACUGACCAAGAAAUUGCAUGCGUUUUUAGCCCACCGCCCCGACGGCGUGCCCACCGACGUGAUUGUCCAGACGUUCUGCAACGCCGUAUCCCCCAAGGACAAGGACGUUUUUCGUAAUUUGCUGCGGAGUAUGGCCUCCUGCACUGGCCGCGUGUGGCGGCUCAAGCACGAGUUUUCUACCACUUCGACAUAGCAUUCGGGUAUACUAGUAUUAAAACUACUAGUAAGAUACGCAGUUUUUUCUAUUUGCA